GAUAGAGAGUUCAAUGGGCGGGGUCAGUCAGCUGCAUGUGAGAUCACUGCACGUUGUUGUUUUCUCUGCCAUAGAGACUUUUGUGAUGGAGGAUGAUGAGUUCCUGACCGACACAUCCGCUUCGAGGAUCAUCCCUACGCUCAAUCUGCAGCUCACCAGACUUGGCAUUAGAAAUGGCAUUAGGGUGAAACAUCUGACCAAUCUCCUUGCUGAUGCAUUUAGCUAUAUAUAAAAUACUCUAAUAUCUGACAUAUGCAUCUACCUCUGUUAUAAUAACACUAGUCUUCACUGAGCUUAGUAUAUAAAACAAUGUUAGUUGAUGAUAGUCAUUCAUAACUUAUGACGUUUCUUCAAGAUACAUGCACAAACAUAUAGUCACAUCACAUACAUGCAGGCACCAUAUAGCAAGAAAUGCUACAGUUGAGCCUAGUUACAGACUGUUUGCUAAUCAGCAAUGCCCAGUCAGCCUGCAACAAUGAUCUCAUCCAGAAGGAGGCGGUCACUUUCUGUAUCAAUGUGUCAAAGCAGCAACCCUUUACCACAAUGCGGGUCAGCACUUUGCGUGUGCCCGUCUAUGAUGACCCUAAUGAAGACCUGUACAAGUAUUUUGAUCGCUGUGCUGAUGCCAUAGCAAGCGAGGCAGAAAGGGGAGGCCGGACCGUUGUGUACUGUAAGAAUGGACGCAGUCGUUCAGCUACUGUCUGUGUGGCCUAUUUAAUGAAGCACCAGGGUCUCAGCCUAACAGAUGCCUUCCAGGUAGUAAAAAAUGCCCGAUCUGUUGUUGAGCCUAACCCGGGAUUUUGGACUCAGCUGGAGCGAUAUGAACAGGAGCUGAAGAUCAGGAGGUCAUCUAACCCUUCUCCUUUUUAACUUCAUUACCAACAUUUUCUGACACUACGUUCUCAACCUUUUUUGUUGUCGUUGUUAAUAUUAGACCUGUUGCUUGAAUAUAGUUAAGGCCUUAGACACUUCACUGUUAAAGCUUGCUGAAUAUUAUGAAUCUCUUUAAAUAAGGGAUAUGUGCCUUAAAUUAUUCUGCUCAGGUUUUGAAAUUUAUUUGCAUUUUUUAAUUUUAAAUGUAACUAUUGUAUAUUACUUUUUAGAAUUACAUAAAAAUCCUCAGGUUCAUAUACCUUCCUUCCAGUAUGAGUAGGCUAUCAUCUGUUUAUUAAUUAGAGAUUAUGUAAUUUAUAAAAUAAUAUAAAAUAUUAAGAAAUAUAAUCAUCAUAGCCUACAUUUUGUCCAACAGAAUGGUUGUUUGAAAAAAAGUAAAGUUCGAUUAUUUUAGCUGGAUUAAGGCUCUUUGGAGGGUCCUUUUCUAGACUUUUCUGCCCUUUAAUAAACAUAGAAAACCUGCAAAUUUCUUCUGCUAACUGUUAUCUCAGUAUGAUUUUAUUUAUUUUUCAUAGAUGCAAUUAAAGUGAAAUAUUUAAAUAAUGUCAUAUGUAAUUGUGCGUGCUUUUUAGACCAAAACAACCAAAAAAAAAAAACCACCCCCAGGGACAGUUUUUUAGAGGUCUGUUCAUUUAAAAAGGAUGUUUGUCUUUAUUUUCUCAGCUUCCUUUUUCUAUCCAAUAUGCAUUUGCCCGCUAUGAUUUUGUUUUGAAUAGGAAUUAGGUUAGGGUUUGUUUACACGACAGCGAUGUACUAAAAACUGAAAAGUUUAUCCUUUGCACUUUUGAAAAGUUACGAGUACAGACAACAACUUUGUCAAAACGAUCCCCUUUCAACGGAUCCACGAAAACGAUUAAAAACGCUGUAUUCAUGCCAGGCCAGUAGAUGGCGAUGUCACUACAUGCGCAUGACGUCAAAGGAUAAGCGUUUUCAGGUCAGGAUCCCAAUACGCAGUUGCCUUUUACAUAAAUGGCCAAAACGCAUAAAAGUUCCCGUUUUAGUUGAAAACGGUGUUGUGUAAACGGGCCCUUUAGUAUCUGUUACUCUCCAUACUCAGGAAUGUCUCCAGUGCAUGUUGUUUUCUGGGGUGAUUGUAUACUGUGCUCUUUCACUUUAAAACUAAGUUAAAAACUAAAUAUAAAUUGCCGUCCUUUACAAUUUCUUAAAUCAUAAACAAAUCUACUGUACUGUAUUUUAGAAUGUCUCAAAUAAUAUAUUAAUCCCUCUUAUUAUACAUGUUUCUUUUAUAAAGGAAUCAAAUAACAAGACUUUGCAAGUGUGUGCUACUUUUAUAUACUCAUUAAAACACAUAAUAUGUAACA